AUUGCUGUUAUCCCACCACCACCCGAAAACGUAAACAAAAGGCGGCAGAACGCACACUCAUGCAGGAUUGCAGAAUUCCGUAACGAAUUUCAUCAAAUUAGGCCGGAAUACUCAGUGCGACGACUUGGGGAGAUUUUAUCAACCUUUCCGGCAGCUAAUAGUCAGAAUCAGAAUGAAAGACGCCAAGCCUUUUCCCGUGCUCAAAAAUGAUAACCUGCUCCGUGCCGCACGUGGCGAGGUGGUGGACCGCGUGCCCGUGUGGGUAAUGCGACAGGCGGGGCGCUAUCUACCCGAAUUUCAAGAGCUGCGCAAGCAACACGACUUUUUCACCGUCUGCCGCACCCCGGAACUUGCCUGCGAGGUCACCAUGCAGCCACUGCGCCGCUUCGACCUGGACGCCUCCAUUAUCUUCUCGGACAUCCUGGUCAUUCCACAGGCACUCGGCCUCACCGUGGAGAUGCACGCGGGCGUGGGCCCCGUCCUGCCGCAGCCCAUUGUGGUGCCCGAGGACCUGAAGCGCCUGACACCGGACGGAGCCCUGUCACGCCUUAGCUACGUCGGCGACGCCAUCACCAUGAUGCGACACAAGCUAGAAGGCCGAGUGCCACUCAUCGGCUUCACCGGAGCGCCCUGGACCCUCAUGGGCUACAUGAUCGAGGGCGGCGGCAGCAAGACCAUGUCGAAGUCCAAGGCUUGGCUUAACGACUAUCCGGAGGACUCCAAGUUGUUCCUCAGCUUGCUGACAGACGCCAUUGUGGACUACCUGGAAAUGCAGGUGAAGGCUGGCGCUCAAAUGCUGCAAGUCUUCGAGUCGUCCGCGGAACACCUCUCCAAGGAGCAGUUCCUGGAGUGGGGAGUGCCCUACUUGAAGAGGAUUCGCGAUGAGCUGGUGGACCGUCUCACCAAGAAGGCCAUCCCCGUGGUUCCCAUGACGCUGUUCGCCAAGGGUGCUGGUCACUCGCUAAAGGAGCAGAGCGAACUGGGCUACGACGUUAUUGGACUCGAUUGGACUGUGGACCCCGUGGAGGCACGCAAUGUGGUUGGGCCAAACAUCACGCUGCAGGGCAACUUGGAUCCCCAGGACAUGUAUCGCGAUCCAGAGGAGCUGCGCAACCUGACCACCGAGAUGGUGCACAAGUUCGGCAAGUCCCGCUACAUCGCCAACCUGGGUCACGGAAUCACGCCCCAGACUCCGAUUACGAGCAUGGAGGUGCUGGUGGAGGCGGUGCACAAUGCUUUGUAAGCCGGCUCUCUUUAUCCGUUAAUUUAAUGAUGCUUUUAUUGAAUGCAAUAAAGACAAUUGGCCUUGGGUUUAGGGUAAGAUCAUUGGAAUGCUA